AUGUACCACGGAACAAUAUCAACAAUCAUUUUGAUAGGAGGAUGUUGCUCUCUAUGGGGGCUACACGUUGUAGAAGGAAAUCUACCUGCAUCCAAGAGAACUAGCCAAGGUUAUGGAAAGUAUCGACAACGAAACAAACGCACCUUAGCACAAAACUGUGGAGCCAUCGUGGGCUGGUUGAAGGAUCAUGACAAGAACUUCUAUUUCUCAAGAAGAAAUGUUGACAGUGGCCGUUGGGUGAGUGUUUUAUCAUCUGUUCUUUCUCUCUAUUUUUCUCUUUGAAAUCCCCCUGCAAACUAUCAAUAUGUAGUGUAUCUAACGUCUUUUAGUGGGUCAUGAUCACAUCUACUUUUGCUCACGAUAACACAUUGCUACGUCUCACCUGCAAUAUGCUCGCCGCCCUCCUCUUACUUCCAGAUAUGAUCCGCACAGCAGGCUACCUUUGUCUCACCACGGUAUGGCUCAUUGCUGGUAUUGGUAGCAGCUUGCCAAACCUUUACUGGCCCCAGAUCAAGAAUGGGUUACCACCAAAGUUGCGGAGCAAAUUUGGUAGUGCUUUGAAUGUGCACAGACGAUGGGAUUAUGGUGGUAUCGGCGCAUCAGGGGCUCUAUGUGGAAUACUAGGUUUUCUGGGAGUUACUUCAUCUACGUUUCUCCUGGUAUUUGCCAUUUUGCACUCACUGUUUGGUGUUUUUUGUAUCAAAAUCGGUAUGGCUCCUGGGACUGCUCAUCUUACACAUUUAUUUGGAGUCUCAAUUGGUAUGCUUCUUGGCUUGAGCUUCUUAGCCUGGAAAGAAUACUGA